AUGGCCUUCCAGAAGUUCUCCCCGCUCCUGGCUCUGGGCAUGCUGCUCCUGCUCCCCGCAGGCAGCCUGCACCCCGCGCCCUUCAGGUCAGCCUUGGAGAACACCGCGGACCUGGCCGCGCUCGGGGAGGAGGAAGCGCGCCUCCUGCUGGCCGCCCUGGUGCAGGACUACAUGCAGAUGAAGGCCCGGGAAAUGGAGCAGCAGGAGGACCAGGCCAGCAGCCUGGACAGCCCCAGAUCUAAGCGGUGUGGGAACCUGAGUACCUGCAUGCUGAGCACGUACACGCAAGAUCUGAACAAGUUUCACACCUUCCCCCAAACCGCAAUUGGGGUUGGAGCUCCUGGCAAGAAAAGGAGUGUGGCCAGUGACGUGGACAGAGACCCCCGCCCUCAUGCUGCCAACUAAGCUCCCCUCUCCUUUCCAGUGUCCUUUCCUCCUCCCUUCCUGUCACGUGCUGCAUGCUGCUCCCCUCUUUGUCGCU